CUUCCUGUUUACUCGGAGAGUCGAGAGUGACAGAGGUUUGCAAAAGUUCCCGUCCUUCCGGAGCAAAGAUCACAACUUUCGCGGCUUUAGAGACAACCUACUGGUGUUUGUGUGCAAGGCAGGGGUUCAAGGUUGUCCAGAAGUUGCACAAGAUCUAGGAGAAUGUCGGCAACAAGCAGUGCCCAGGGUUUGGGUGACGUCAGGAGAAAGGCGAAAAAGGAUUCUUCUGUGCGAUCUGUCAGAGAGGAGAAAAGCUACAGGUGUGAGGAGUGCAGCCGGGAGUUCAGUCAUCUGUGUCAUCUGAAGAAACAUAUACGAACUCACACAGGUGAGAAACCCUACAGGUGUGAGGAGUGCAGCAGGCAGUUCAGUCGGCUUGGGAAUCUGAAGACUCACAGGCAAACUCACACAGGGGAGAAACCCUACAAGUGUGAGGAGUGUAGCCGGCAGUUCAGCCGGCUGGAACAUCUGAAGGAACACAUACGGACUCACACAGGAGAGAAGCCCUACAAGUGUGAGGAGUGCAGUAGGCAGUUCAGUCUGCUGGGUCAUCUGAAGGAACACAUACGGACUCACACAGGAGAGAAGCCCUACUGCUGUGAAAAGUGUAGCAGGCAGUUCAGUCAGCUUGGUGCAAUGAAAAAACACAUGAGGAUCCACACAGGUGAGAAACCCUACAGGUGUGACAAAUGCAGCAGGCAGUUCAGUGCACUGGGUAAUCUGAAGAUUCACAUACGGACACACACAGGUGAGAAACCCUACACGUGUGACGAAUGCAGCAAGCAGUUCAGUCAACCUGGUCAUCUGAAGAUUCACAUGCGGACUCACACAGGGGAGAAGCCCUUCAAGUGUGAGGAGUGCAGCAAGCAGUUCAGCGAGCUGGUUGCUCUGAAAAGACACGUGCGGACUCACACAUGUGAGAAACCCUAUACGUGUGAGGAGUGUAGCAAGCAGUUUUGUCAGCUGGGUGCGCUGAAAAUCCACAUGCGGACUCACACAGGUGAGAAACCCUACAGUUGUGAGGAUUGCAGCAAGCAGUUCAGUGAUCUGCGAAAUCUUAAGAAACACAUGCGGACUCACACAGGGGAGAAACCUUACAGUUGUGAGGAGUGCAGCAGGCAGUUCAGUCAGCUUGGAAAUCUUAAGAAACACAUGCGGACUCACACCGUCUAGGGGAAAUCUCACAGGUGUGAAGAUUACAAUAGGCAGUUCUGCGAGCCAGGUGGGACAGUGAAUCAGACAAUUCAGAUGACUUAUACUAGUAAUUAGCACGUUGUCAAUAAAGUCACUUCAGUUUGUGAUGUGAAGGCAACAGCUUUUAUGUUUUCUCCAGAAGUUUGGGUUUGUUUGACUGUUAGUUGUGAUCUACUGUUUACCGAGUCAUGUUCUAUCUGCAUAACGUGACGUCACAAAAACGGUGGAUGGCUCAUUCCUGGACAAAGACUUAAGUUGGACUGUUGGAAAUUUGGCCAAGUCCAGUUUUUUGUGUUCAAAGUUACAGUUCAACUUUGACCCAGCAUCUUGUUCAGCUAUUCAAGUAAGUUGGUUCCACACGAAUAGUUCAGUUGGUUGUUGUGUAAUAGGGUUUAGUUUCUAAAAUGUUACUACAUGUAUUUUGUUGGAAGCGUUCCGUGUUCAAUUUGAUUUCCAAUCUUUUAAUUUCUAUGAUCAUAAAUCUUGUUUGAUAGUUUUCUAAAAAACUAGAACUUUACAUUUUAGCUAGAACGUAACUUUGAUGGUAAACUAGAACUUUACAUAGUUCUUGUAAACAAGUGUGUAAACUAAUUGUUUAUGUAUCAGUCAUUAACUUCUUACGGUUUAACUUCUAAUGUUUUUCGAACAAACAAGAACAGUUCGACUUAACAUUAUAUGUGUAGACUAGAACGUAACAUUCAUUUUGAAACUAGUUCUUAUUGUUUUGUGUAUUCCUUGACAUACAAUCACCAGUAGCAAGUCAAUGUCUGCAAGAUGUACCACCAAGAGGAGUAAACUUACAACCUAAGAUGAUGAUCAAUGUAUUCUUAUUUUCCUCUCCUAGGAAUAGUAUUUUUCUAGCUAUGGUCCGUAACGUUUUAUAUUUUAGGCUUCUACUGUAGUUUUUAUAUAGUUAAGCUAGGAUUACAAAAACGGAUAGUAUAGGUGUCUCGAAUUUUGACAAGUCCAUUCUAGUAUUUAGUUACUGCCUAUAUUUGCUGGUAAUUAUGUUAGUUUGCUUUCGUAUCUUUGUAAACAGUUAAGUAGGUUGGUAAUUUAGGACCACGGUUUCAGUUCAGAUACAAGAACAAUGAACGAGAAGAAUCAGUUAUGCUUUUCUUAGACAAGUUUAGUUUACUAAUAUCUAGUUUUGUUGUUGAUUUUGAUAUUACACAUUUACUAAUUUUGUUUACGUUUUUUAAUAAACAGUUAGAAA